CACAGUCGUUCUACGUGUACAAUGCAAUGCACUCCCUAUCUACUCUAUCUGCUGAUAUGCAUGAUCAUCGUUACAGCAUCAUCCCGGUGCACCAUAGCCUGCGACGAAGAUGACGAUGAUGUACCGGAUAGCCGCUCAUCCGAAGAAUCAACAACGCCAGGUUACAGUAUCGAGUCCAUCUACGCGGAAUGCAACGAUUCGUUCGUAACGACGAUGGAGUAUUUGGAGACCCUGAACAAAACCGGCCGUUUUCCCGAGGAGUCGGAUCUGACACCUUUGUGUUUUCUCCGUUGUUUCCUGCACAAGAGCGGGGUGUACGAUGAGAUGGAAAACGUAAUAGGUGAAAUGGCCGUUGAGAUUGGUUGGGUUGAAAAUUUGCAAACCAUAGAUAAGUGUGUAGAGGAAAUGGAUGGUACUCCAUGCCAAAGGGCGUACAGUUUGGUCCAAUGCGUAACGGAGAACAACUUAAGGAAAAUGUCUGAUUCAUGAUAAAGGAUGUGAUAUCGAUGAAAAGGAACCUCAUCAUUCGCUACAUAAAUAUAUUCAAAUUUUAUUUGAUAACUUC